CUUAUCUCUUAAUCAUAACAAGAAAAGAAAGAACCAUCUAAAAGCAGUGUUAAGGUCAAAUAGGAAGAAGAAGUUGACUACUACUACUACUACUACUACAGUAACAGAUAACUAUCUCUCAACUCCGUCUUCCUGUACGACAACUGAACACGAAUUACCUAAAGAUAAAAUAAUUGAAAACCAAGUUACAACAACAACAAUGGAAACAACAACAAACUUAAAAAGUAAAAAUAAUAGUCAUCGUAUCACUCAGCCAUUAAGUAUGCAAUCGAGUCCUUCAAGCUUUAAUAAACCUUCAUCUCUCUCUCCUUCACCUUAUUACGACCCAUUAAAAUUAAAAAGACCUCGACGUAUAAAUUCACCCUCUAGUGUAUUAAACAGUCAUAGUGGAAUUACCACAAAGCAUUUAUCUGUCAUUAGUAGUAACUCAACUAGCGAUGCAGGUCUUUAUUCAAAUAAAAGUAAUAUCAGUAGUGUUGCUUGGACAACCUUAUCGAACGAUCCAUUCUCUCAAAUUGAAGUAAAUACAUCCGCAUUCACCGACAUCACUGACCAAUCGACUAUCUCUAGAAAAUCUUUGUAUCCUGUCUCAGAUUCCAUUACACAAACAGCAUCUUCAUCUCCUUUUCAUCAGUUCUUUAAUCAAAACAAUAACAGCCAUAAUAAUAGAAAGCAUUUAAUAAAUGCAAUCUCAACCGAGGAUAUUUUAAAUAUGUUAAACACAUAUCCUCAACAAUCACAUCUCAUCAUAAAGGAAGCAUAUCAAAGAGCUCAACAACAGAAUGAUCCUUUCGAUUGGACUCAGUUUUAUAAUGCUCUUGAACAAUACACUUCAUUCUCUUUAAUAAAUGACAGUAAUCAUAUAGCCAUUGUUUAUCUUGCUAAAUGUCUUAUCUCUGGCCUAGGCGUGACUACAGAUAUAGACCGUGGAUUCGAUUUAUUGAAAUCAAAUCCAUCAUGUGAGGCUUACUAUACCCUUGGCCAAUGUUAUCUAAAUGGUAUUCAAAUUGGGAAAAAGGUAGAUAAAACAGCAGCCUUUGAAUGUUUUAGAAGAGCGAGUGAAUGCAUGCAAAUCAAUGAGUCUACUCUAACUACAAUUGCUGAAGCACAAUGCGCAUUAGCUCGAAUGCUUUUUCAAGGUGAGGGUGUUGAACAAAAUACAAAUGAAGCAUUAAAUUAUUUACAUAAAAGUGCCAAGAAUAAUAACAUGUAUGCUCAGUUCCUUAUCGGUGUUCAUUAUGAAAGAGGGUUUGAUAUUCCACAGGAUUUAAAAAAGGCAAAAGAAUAUUAUAAAAAGAGUGCUCAACAAGGGUUUCCAGAUGCUCAGGCUGCUUUAGGUGACAGACUAAUAAUAGAACAUGAUUAUGUACAAGGAAUUGAAUGGCUGGAGAAAGCCAUACAAAAAGGAAAUAGCCGUGCACAUGUUCAGUUGGGGAUCUUGUACGAUAAGGGAGAAGGUAUUCCACAAAACAAUGACAUGGCAUUAUUUCAUUAUAAGGCUGCCGUUGAAAAUAAUAAUCACGCAGCGCAAUAUAUUCUUGGUCUUGUCUAUUAUUUCGGUCGUCUUGAUAGACAAAGGAAUCAUAAGGAAGCAAUUCGACUCAUCAAGCAAUCUGCUAUGGCAGGCUUUCCUUACGCUCAGCGAGUGCUUGGUCAACUCUAUCAACAAGGGAAUGUCAUUUUACCACCCCAGGACACAACCAUCUCAAUUGACAGUCGACAAAGGACUAAGAAAAAUGAACGUGAGGCAAUUCGAUGGUAUAAACGUGCUGCUACUACUGGUAAAGAUGUUCCUGCUAUGGCCCUUCUUGGGAAAUGCUAUGAGUACGGUAUCGGGGUUGAUAUUGAUCUGGAGAAGGCAUUAGCAUUCUAUGCCAAGGCCGCUGAGAUAGACAGUCCAUAUAUGUACAAUGUACAAAUUGAUCAGGCGCUUUUACUACAAAAACUUGCCAGACACACGGAUGCCUUCCGUCUUUAUAGCCAUGUUCUCAAAUAUGGUGAUCCUGUUAAAGAUAAACAAUCUAUUCAAACUGCACAUUUAUCUGUAGCAAGAUAUCAUCUUUGUCGGGAGGCUAUAGAAGGUAUUCAGUAUGAUCCUGUAUUAGCACAUAAAAUGCUCUUAAACUUGGUGGAGACAUCAAGUAAUCCCCAUGCUCAUUAUUGGCUAGGGUCAAUCUAUGAUGAAGGUAUCCCAGAACUUUUCGAUAUCGAUCGUCUAAAGGCAUUUCAACAUUUUAUGAUCGCUGCAGAAGGUGGUGAUAAUGAUGCCACAUUUUUGGUUGCAUAUAUGAUGUCUAAUCAGGUAAUACCACUUAAGGGGCCAGAGGACGCAUUUCCAUGGUAUCAAAAGGCUGCAAUUAAGGGUCAUCCUAUGUCUAUGCAUUCUUUGGGUCUUUGCUAUUAUAAAGGAAUUGGCCAAGAAGAUAAUAAGCCUAAUUUAGAAACAGCCUUAGAAUGGUUUCAAAAGGCAGCACGCCUUGGUAUCCAUGAGUCUAUCUCUUACAUGGCUCGUAUCUAUUUACAGUUCAUGGUAACUCAUCAUUAUGAAGGUCUUACUCAACUAGCUCAACAAGAUAGGACAAGUGCUAUUCAAUGCCUAAAACAGUCAGCUGAAAGAGAUAAUACUUAUGCUCAACGUGAAUUAGGCAAGAUGUAUUUAACUGGACACGGUCUAAACACUGAUUUCCAUAUGGCAAUCGAUUUACUUUCAAAAGCUGCUGCAAAAAAUGAUGCUGAAGCAAUGGCAUUUUUAGGAGAUUGUUACCAUAAAGGAACUGGCACAGAAAGAAAUUUAGAUAUCGCUGUAGAAUAUUAUUUAAAGGCUGCAAAGUUAGGUUACCCUUAUGCUUAUUCCGCAACUGCUGAAUUAUAUUAUGAAAUAGACAAUUUAACCCUUGCCUAUGACUAUUAUCUAUUAGCAUCUAAAGAACCAAAGAUUGAACAGAACAAGACGGGAAUGACUGCUCGAAUGAUGGUAGCUAGAUUAGCUUUAGGCUAUAUUCCUUCUGUACAAACUAAUGCUAGAGGUCUUCAAGAAUUACUUGAUACCAAGAAAACUAUUUGUCCUGAGGUUGCAUUUAAUAUACUAUCUGAGCUGGCUAUUCAAUAUCAAUUCUCUGAUGCAUUUCAACCCUUGGGUGUCUGUUAUUUGAACGGUACUGGUACUAAAGCAAAUGCCCUUCAGGCCGUUUUCUGGUUUCGAAAAUCAGCUGAAGAAUUCAACGAUCGUAUUGCUUAUUUUAACCUAGCCGAUAUAUAUGGGAGUGGACUUAUUGAGGGUAUCUCUGUUAAUAUUCGUUUAGCACUGACUUAUCUUGAAAGGAGUGCCGAAUUAGGAUAUACAGAAGCUCAAUAUCGUAUGGGCAUGAUUUAUCUUCACGGUGAAUAUGAUGAGAUACAAGUCGAUAAGCAUAAAGCUACUGAUUGGUUUAAAUUGGCUGAAUCCAAAUCACAUCCUGAAAGUGCAUGGAUGCUAGCGCAAAUGGCUAGCAUGAACCAUGAUCAUGAGUUGGAACUACACUAUCAAAGGAAGGCUGCCUCCUUAGGCCAUGUAUUCGCCAUGCGUGUUAUAGGACAAAAAUAUCUUGAACAGCUAGAUGCUCCCUUUUUGAAUGCACCAAUGCAACAACAAGAAUGUCUUGAGGAGGCCCUGAGGUAUUUACAUCUAGCAGGAGAUGCGGGUGAUACAGAAUCUCUUAUUAUCCUGGGGAAGGCCUAUAAUAAUUGUAUUAAAACAAAAAUUAAGUUUUCUCCUCCUCUUGUUACAAACGAAACACAUCAAUUGCCGCCUACCCCAAGUAGCACGCAAACUAGUCUUUGUGAAGAUAACGAAGAGAAUGAAUCUCGAUUCCAGAGUGAAGAGGAUGAGAAAAAUUUAGCAAUUCAAUGUUUUGAAAGAGCAUCACACUUGGGUGAUAUGAAUGCCACUUUAUACGCUGCAGAGGCUUGGUAUGAACAAAAGCAAUACGCCGCAGCAUUAGAGUAUUUUGAAAAGGCUGCAAGUCAAGGUAGUGUUCUUGCCCGCUUCUUUUGUGCACGUUAUUGUAUAGAGGGUUAUGGUGGCAUUGAGUUAAAUCCAGAAAAAGGUUUUCAGGAACUUUUAAUAUGUGCUAAUGAAUUAAAUUGUGUUCACGCUUAUAACACAUUGGGUCAAUGUUACGAAAAUGGGAUUGGCACUGAUAAAGAUGAUCAACUUGCAUAUGAAUGGUACAUCCGCUCUGCUGAGAUGACACACGAUGCUGAAGCUUACUACCGUAUUGCGCAAAUGUAUGCACAGGGACGUAUUUCAGCAUCAAAUAAAGAUAUUGAGGCCUUCAAGUUUUAUGAUUUGGCUGUUAAUGCAAAUCCUGAAAAUCAUGGACUGUCUUGUUAUUAUCUAGGAUUAUACUAUUUGAAGGGUAUUCCAAAGGAGGACGAUGACCUUCAUUCAUUUCUAUUAUCACCUGAUAUAUGCAUGUCAAUUGAAUACCUGCGAACUGCAUCCGACUUGAAUGUUCCAGAGGCUAUGCUUCAAUUAGGAACAUUGUUUUUGAAUGAAAAUUUUUGUAUAGAGGAACAAGAAGAAGGCUUUGCUAAACUUCAACUUGCUGCAGAACUUGGUUUACGUGAGGCUCAAUUUGAGCUCGGGCUUUUCUAUCAUCGUGGUAAAGAAGCAAAUAUAGAAGAAAGAGAUGACACUCAUCAAAAAGAGAAUAAAGAUGAUGAUGAUGAUGAUGAAUAUAUCAUUAUCCAACAAGAUUUCGAAAAAGCAUAUGAUCUAUUUUGUAGAUCUGCAGCACAGAGACAUCCUACAGCAACUUAUUACCUUGGUAUCUAUCACCAGCAUGGUAUCUUUGUUCCUCCAGAUCCAAUAAUUGCAUUAGAGCAGUAUGAAAUUGCUGUUCAGUUGUUUGAAAUUUAUAAGAAUGCACCUUAUCGUUGGCAAGCAGAAUACAACCUUGGACGUAUAUUACAUCAUGACAUCGAUAGUCGUACUCGAGCCUAUAAAUUAUUUCAAGCUGCACAUCAGCAUGCGCCACUCGAAUUUCAAUAUUUAUCAAAAAUGAUGAUUGCACGAUACCAUCUUUAUGGUUGGGCCAAUGAUGAUAUAACUUCUAUUCAAGCCAGUAAAGAAGAAGCCGCUGCUACUCUUAUCCAAUUUGCCAAAGAUGAAGACUUUGGAUAUCGUGUUUAUCUUGAUGUUGCUCAAUGCUAUGAAAAUGGUCUUGGAGUUGAACAAGAUUUGAAUCAAGCCUUCUAUUGGUAUAGUGAGUUAAUAAAUAAGUCGUAUUCAUUAGCAGACCAACAAAAAGAAAUCUUUUCUACUAUGAUGAUGCUUUUGGAUGAAGAAAUUGAAGAAGAUGAAGCUACAGCUAUGUUUAAAUUAGCGGAAUUUUAUCGAAGAGGUCUUGUCGAUAAAGUAGAUAUAAAGAAAGCAGAUGAUUUGUAUCGACUUGCUGCUAGUAAAGGAAGCUAUGCCGCACAAGAGCAUCUUUCUUUUAUACUUGAAAGAACUACAAUACACGAUUAAUUUAGGUCUAUUAUUAAUUAUCCAUUCAUUUUUUUUAGCAUUUUUUUAUUUAUUAUAUAUCCUUUUUUUUAUUUAUUAUUAUAUCCAUUGUAUUUAUAUUUACAGAUACUAUAUUUAUUUACUCAUGUUAUCCUGUCAUCGUAA